AAGUUCUUUUGUUACCUCGGCAACAUAAAAACAAUAUGGCUGCGUCCAUCAAUUUUCAAUUUUCAGAGAAGAUGCACACUGCUGAGUCCUAGUAUGUGAACAAGUAACGUAGCAUAAACAGGUAGAUAGUGGUCGUCCUAUAUCGUGGACAUGACAGCCUACAAGUUUACAUCACAUAGGCAGCUGAGGGAAGCUCUCAACAGUGUUGAGAAGGUUCAGAAGAAGAAUAUAGAUGAAUACUCUUGGGGUCAUCUCAAUGAGAAGAAUCUUUUUAAGCCCCCUUUGCACCUGAAGGAGGGUGGAGGGAGAAUAUGGAAGUCUUCAAAAAAGAAGAAAACUGUUGUAAAGGAUACAGACUUGGUUCCAGGCUUAUCAACAUACAGACAAAAACAACAAAAAGACAAUGGAAAAGAAAUGAAAGAUGUUCUUUAUGAAUUUAGUCUUGGGACUAUGGCAAGUGUCCCUAUGCCAUCCCCAAAUAGAACAGAAAUAACACCUAGGCGUGAAAUAAUAAACAGCUUUCGUAAAGAAGCAACAGAUGUAAGCAGAGUCUCAGAGGAUAGCAGAAAGUCCAGGGUUGACUCAGGAAAAUCUCUGUACUCCCAGUUAGACGACGGUGUCCUUGUUGAAGAAUUAGGAAAUCAGGAGUUAAUGGUCAAGUCACCUCGCUUGCAACCAAGUUAUUUUCCUCCCACUAGGUCAAGGCCUGGUGAUCCAGACUAUGAUAUCAUGGCAGAUCUCACACAGACUUUAGAUGCUGAAGGCUAUUUGACACUGAAACAUUCCUUCUUGCCAUCAUUUACAUCAGGUGUCACAAAAUCAGAUCAGUUUAAUAAGCUAAAGCAGUUUGAGGAUACAGUGUUAAAGAAGCAGGAAUGCAGAGAAACAAAAGUUUUGUCAGGAGUUAAAGCUGUGGCACACCUUGAAAGGAGACUUGAAGAAGAAUUAGAGGUGAUGAACCUGGGUGGUAUAGGACCUAACUUUCACAAGUUGCAGGUGUUCAGUAACAACUUUGAAGAUCUUAUUGAUGAAACACCAACUUUUGGAUACAUGCUUAAAUGCAUUAAGUCAGAGUAUGAUAAUUAUAUCACAAAGUUGUUAGACAGUCAGACACCACAGCACAGUCGACUUUUACGUGAUCAGGUACAGCAGAUGUCGGCACGUGGAACUUCACGACCACAGGAACUGGGCGAGGCUAAGAAAAGAGUAGACAAGUUUGAAAAUGAAGCAAAAACUCUUCUGGAAGAAAAUCAAAAAUUACGACAGCAGGUUCAGGAAGAAGAGGAGAGGUUGGCAAAUGCUCCGGAACCUGAGCCGCAAGCCAUACAAGUGGUCAAUCUGUUUGUGGAUGACACUCCGGUUGAGUUGGCCGAUGAGCUGGAGCACGGUAAAGCUUUGAUUCUGGAGAAACUGGAUGCACUGAAUGACCUUCGCAGAAAACUCCGUCAGGAGUAUGUGCCACUGACUGUAUGCACACAUCUAGAACAGUGUAUCAAAGAAACAGAGAUAGAGGUCCAGAAACUGUUGAAGCAGAAUGAAUAUUAUGAACGUAGCAACAAUGAGAUGGAAACAGAGCUGAAAGAUUCUAUUCAGAAUGCUGACACCAGUGAGAGAGAUGCAAGGCGCAUAUGGAAGAAAGUGAACUCGCUGAGGGGACUGCCACGUGUAAAUCUGACAAGAGAGGAGGGAGCUGUCGAGGACAGCGAUGAUGAGGAGGAUGACGAGACAAAAUGGAACUGGUACAUCUCGUAAUCAACAACCGGACCUGGUCAUAUACCGGACAUGGUCAAAUACAAGUUUUAUACCAGUUUUGCAGAAUUUGAAAUUAUGCUGCUGAUGAAGUCUGUGAUAGUUUCGAUCAAUAUGACAUAGCUUUUUAAUUGCUAGUAAGGUUUUGCUGCUACAUAUAUAAUUAAGAACAUUUUCGGUUUUUACCUAGCAAAAGUUAUCUAUAGAGUAUUGAUUACUGAUUUUUUUGUGAUUUAAAUGAUAAAAUACAACUGAUCUAGAUAUUUGUUUCCAUAAAUUUAAAUGAUUUCGUUCAGUGCUUAAAAAUGCAUAGAACAUAAUUUUAUUUAUUAUAGUUAGCCAAAUUUACUGAAUGCAUUUACAUGUAUAUUGAAAAUGUAGUACUUACAGAAAACAUUGUUUCAUACGGACUCAUGAUUUUGGGGUAUUUUGUAUGUGCAUCAGUUGAUGACAGACCAUUCCAAAUAUUACAGUAUGUACAACAGCUAUCAUAAUUUUGCAUGUGGGACGUCUUUAAUUUACUAGAGUAUUUUCUACCAAUUGCCUGUUAAGAGGUACUGUUUUUAAAUGGAGUGCACAUUUGAUGGUAAUAGACAUUGCAUCAGAAAUGUAAAAUAUUGUGCUGUCACCCUUUUUGAUCAUUAAUAGUGUUCUAACUUUAGUAAACACUAGUAAUUUUGCAGGAAAAUUGCCUUCAAUAGUGUUAUUCCAAGUUUUGCUACUUUCGUAACAAUUAUUAAACGUAACAUUUGUGAGGAUAAAGAUUGUCCCAGUUGGAAUGUAUGUUUCUUUGUAAUGAAGUGAAUACAUUGUAACUUUUUAGUAAUAAAGUUGGCCUUGGCUGCGCCUAGGGUAACUAAAUUAUAUUGUUAUGUUACAGAUGUGUUGUUUUUCUGCUCUUUACAAUUUUAUGCAAUGUUACUGUUUUAACAUGCGAUCAGUAGAGAUCUAUCUCAAACUCUUGAUUUAACAUCAAUUUAAAAAUUGCCAAAAUUUCUCUAUACUUGGAAGUCAUUCCCUUUAUAAUCUUGUUAUUGUCUUUUCUAAAUAUCAACAUAAUAAAUCCAGCAGAUAAAUAAACAGCAAAGACAUAAAAAAUGAGAAACAGGGUUGCAUCAGGAAUCAUUCAAAAUGAAAUACUGUACAGUGGUUAUUGGCAACACUUAUACCGCUAGAUUUUAAAUACUUCUCUUAUUUUGUACUCUGUAUACGACUACCCUGAAAAUUCAAGCACCGAUUACUUUAUAUCAGUAAAAAUGUUCCAAUUUAAAACCCUUGUGUUAUUAUUUUGGUUUACUUAUUAUUUACUGUUUCUGAAUCAGUAUUAUAGAUUUUUGUAAGAAGGAAGUAUUUUCUUUGUUCAUUCUUCACUCUUAAAGCAUGUUGCAGUGUUUAUUUCUGCAGUUACAGAAAGGACUAACUACAUAAUUGAAAGAAAUUAACUGAUCUUAUUUUCAUGUCUUCUCACUGUAUGUUUUACAGUUAUGAUUCAUAGAAAGCUGUUUUUACAAGAACUAUGAUUGUUAGAUGUUUGUGCUUUUUUGUAUACUGUGUUUUGAAUAAACAGCUAGUAAAUAUUACAUAA